GACGUCACCUCCAGCAGCAGCAGCAGCAGCAGCAGCCAGUUGUUUACGGCUCUGUGAUGCAUUAAGCUAAAGGACUCCGUGUUGGCUGGCUGUCAAAACCGCUCAGACAGGAGAAGAGCCGGCAUCAGGUUGUUCCAGAGGUUGCCAGAAAGGAACUGCAGCUGGUCCUCAGUUCCUGCUGGAUCAGACCUGAGACGACGGCGGCACCAUGGCCGACCACAAAGAAUCCAAGAGGAUGAACGGCAGUGCUGGCCACUCUUCCCAUCUCUCGGAGCCGCCCAAAGAGAGCAUGCAGCUUAAGAAGGAGAUCUCGCUGCUCAACGGAGUCAGCCUGAUCGUAGGGAACAUGAUUGGCUCCGGCAUCUUCGUCUCGCCAAAGGGUGUGCUGAUCUACAGUGCCUCUUACGGGCUGUCGUUAGUCAUCUGGGCCAUCGGGGGCCUGUUCUCUGUGGUGGGGGCGCUCUGCUACGCCGAGCUGGGAACCACCAUCACCAAAUCAGGGGCAUCUUAUGCAUACAUCCUGGAGUCGUUCGGUGGCUUCAUCGCAUUCAUUCGUCUGUGGACAUCUUUGUUGAUCAUCGAGCCCACCAGCCAGGCGGUCAUCGCCAUUACAUUUGCAAACUACCUGGUGCAGCCGCUGUUUCCAACAUGUGAACCGCCAUACGUAGGGGCCAGGCUGAUCGCUGCAGCGUGUAUAUGCUUACUGACAUUCAUCAACUCUGCCUAUGUGAAGUGGGGCACCCGCGUGCAGGACACUUUCACCUACGCCAAGGUGGCAGCCCUCAUCGUCAUCAUCAUUACUGGCAUUGUCAAGCUGUGCCAGGGUUACACAACCAACUUUGAAUCGUCCUUUCAGGGAUCGUCUAAAGACCCUGGUGACAUCGCGCUGGCGCUCUACUCUGCCCUUUUCUCCUACUCCGGCUGGGACACCCUCAACUUUGUCACUGAGGAGAUCAAAAACCCUGAAAGGAACCUGCCCCUGGCCAUCGCCAUCUCUAUGCCCAUCGUCACCAUCAUCUACAUCCUCACCAACGUGGCCUACUAUGCUGUUCUGGAUGUUAGUGCCAUACUGGCCAGUGAUGCAGUGGCAGUGACAUUUGCAGAUCACACUCUAGGUGUGAUGAGCUGGACCAUCCCUAUUGCUGUAGCCCUGUCCUGUUAUGGAGGCCUCAAUGCCUCAAUUAUAUCUGCAUCCAGGUUGUUCUUUGUGGGCUCUCGAGAGGGUCACCUCCCAGACGCUCUGUCCAUGAUCCACAUACAGAGAUUCACUCCGAUCCCUGCUCUCAUCUUCAAUUGUCUCAUGUCACUGAUCUACCUGACAGUGGAGGACGUCUUCCAACUCAUCAACUACUACAGCUUUAGCUACUGGUUCUUCAUGGGUCUGUCCAUCGCCGGCCAGAUCUACCUCCGCUGGAAAGAGCCUGACAGACCCAGACCUCUUAAGUUGUCCUUAUUUUUCCCGGUGGUGUUCUGUAUGUGUGCCGUUUUCCUGGUGGCAGUUCCUCUCUACAGCGACACUGUCAACUCAAUGAUUGGCAUAGGCAUUGCCCUGUCAGGGGUUCCUGUCUACUUCCUGGGUGUCCAUAUACCAGAGUCCAAACGGCCGCCUAUCAUCACCAAGCUACUGCGUUCUCUGACUCGCUGCACCCAGAACACCUGCUACUGUGUAUUGACAGAGAUGGACAAAAGUGAAUAGCAUCCAAUACACUUCAAAACUUGAGCCAGCAGUCACCAGAGGAGCCAGACAAGGGAUUCUUCUUAUUGUACUGUUCACCAUGUUGAAGCUCUCAGACUCCACUGACUUGUUUACAACCAAAUGCUGCCACAGACGACCCACGUUCACCUGCAGAUUUAUCCUUGAAUUCAAGGACAUUCAAAGACUCCAACCGUUAAGGAUACACCGUACUGUUAUACUGCAUAUUGUGGAUAUUGUUACAGUUUCAUCACAUUAUUUAAUGACCUCUAUUAUAAAAGAUUUGCCUUGUUAGUUCCACAGGUAUUUGUAUAUAUGCCUUUUAAGCAGUAUGUGCUUGUGAGAUUAUACAGGUGCUGCACAUGACCACAGGGACCUGACAACGAUGCAAGUACAUUUUUAUUAUAUGGAUUUUAACUGACAGAUUAUAUGCGUGCAGUAUGUAUGAAUGUGUUUAACCUCACCGGAGAAUUCAUUUCAUGUUCACUUCCUGAAUAAAAAAAAGGGAAGAAAAUGUUAGUUUUUUUGUCUGCUGCUAUGUGAAGAGUCAUCGUUCUAAUGUCAUGGCCUUUAUGUACUUUUGGCGUCAUUGUUUCGCAGGUUUGUUUGUGCAUUUCAACUGUUAUAUGUUGAAAUAAAACGUUGUUUGUUUUUUUCAUGUCUGUCUGUCUUUAGCAUUGUGGGAAGCUGUAACCUUCCCGUUCUUAGUGUUUGCUUUAAACUCUGUGGCACUAAAUACAUUUCUAAUUCUUUACAGUGUUCAAUGUGCUGUACUCAAGACAUGUUCACUUAAGUCAAAAUAGCAAAAA